AAAGAUGUGAGUGAUAGGAAGUCAGUCGGUUCAACAUGUUGGCUACCUUGUUGACCAGCUUUUUGUUUUUUGUCUCGACAUUUUCAGAUGUCACUGCUGACAACAGCCUAUGCCCGUCUGGUUGGUCAUUUUCCAAUGAGACUUCUUACUGUUACAUAGUAUCUGAUCGAUACAUGCCUUUCUCCGAAACAAGCAGUUAUUGUCAAUCUCUUGGCGGAACUCAAGUAUUCAUCUCACUCUCAUACGAGUUUACUUUCAUGAAAACUUUUACUCAAGGACUAUUUGCUCAACCAUGGCUAUCCAUAACCAGAGAUCCCACUGACAACAAAUGGUAUAAUCCAGAUGGAACCACACCAUUUAUUUCAUGGUGGAGCACGGGUGAGCCAAGUCUUAAUGGUGAUUGUGCAACUUUCAAGUCAACGGAUCCACAAGGAAUGAAAGCAACACCAUGCUGGAGUAUCCAACCUGCCAUGUGCAAGCAAAUGCCUGCAAUUUGUCCGGAUCCAAAGAAGAUUUAUGGAGGCCAAUACACUAGAUCUGGAAAUAUCACAUCUCCAGGAUAUCCCGUGCAAUAUUACAAUAACUUGGACUGCUUGUACACUAUUACUUCUCCAAACAAAACGUAUAUCACUCUCACAUUCAAUCCAUAUCUAGUGGAAGGUUAUGUGGAUUAUGUUCUGAUUUAUGAUGGCCCAGACACUACUUAUCCAAGCCUUGGAAGUACUAGCUCAGCAUUAAAGUUGGAAUAUGAAAGCACGAACAAUUCAGUAACUUUGAAGUUUCAUACAGAUAGAUCGAUCACUAACAAAGGAUGGCUUUUGAAAUGGAAUGCAAAAUCAAACACACCUCCAGUUAUCCAAAGUGGAAAUGGCGGAAACUUUACAUCACCUAAUUAUCCAAAUGACUAUGAUUCCUAUACAGAGCAAAUGUUCUACUUAACAGUUGCUGAUGGAUUCCAAGUGAAUGUUACAAUUGAUGAUUUCCUAACAGAGAACAGAUUUGAUGUUCUAGAAGUUUAUGAUAAUUAUACAAUUCCAGGAGUCAAUAUGAUUGCAAACUUAACCGGUGAUUCAAUUGCUCCAUGGAAUUGGCUCUCUCAAUCCAGCCAUGUCACAAUGAGAUUCCGAACCGAUGGUUCCGUACAGAAAAGAGGAUUCCAUGGAUAUUGGACUAUUCAAUAGUUUUCAACAAUUUUCUUGAAAUUUUAUUUUAUGAAAUUAGGUCGAACUUUGUUCUGUAUAUCAUUCAAAAAUAAAAAUUUGACUUACAUACA